AUAUCGUCAACAAUCUUCGGCAUGGAGAUGAAUGCUGACAGUAUUUUGCAAAAAAUGUUGACCAAUAAAGCAUGAUGCACAUGGAGUCAUCUUCUAUCUUAUGAACUCUAUGGCUUCUGUAGCAACAAAGGCCAGGGGGAGAAACAGAAAUGCCAAUAGACUGGAAGUAUGUCGUCACGCCGAAGAUAGCACUGCUUGAGGCUCUCGUUGUUGUAAUUUUCUUAACAGGCGACGGGCUGCUGGGAUUUUCAUUUGAAUCUGCUUAUGCUGAUACUUUACGAGCACUGUCAGACAACUUAACCCAUGGCCUGAUUGCAGCAAUUUCAUGGGCGAUUGUCAUUGAUGGACAAGCUGAUUCACCACGAGGUGCUUUACUGCAGAUUUUAUUAUGUGGCGCUCUGGGCAGUUUGGUGGACGUUGAUCAUUUUCUUGCAGCUAGAUCACUUAAAUUAAAGGCUGCCCUGUCUUUACCUCAAAGACCACCAUUCCAUGCUACAACUGUCAUUCCUGUAAUUUCACUGGUAAUACUCGUCACUCAAAGACUCACUCAGACCAGGCACCUGCCGUACCUGCCUCUGUUGUUCCUGGUCUCCUGGCUCUCUCACCACACCAGGGACGCAGUACGGAGAGGAUACUGGAUGUGGCCAUUUGGAGAAACUCCUCCUUUACCCUACGGGACUUAUGUCAUGUUAAAUAUAGGACUUCCUCUGAUAGUGAGAUGUAUUGUACUGUAUUCAAAAUUGUCUGAGCAACCUCACCUUGGUUUAGAAGUUGUUUGAGACUGUUCAUAUCUCAGUAGAAAAAUUGAUUUUGC